AUGGGCAUCCCCAUGGACGACAACAUUCACGCUCCUACAGUGGCCUCCGGACCAACGUCCGGGGCCACACCUCGCGACUAUUCAAAAAUGACCAUGCCCGAUCUGAUGCAGGAGAAAGAGCGGAUCGAGGCGGAGCUGUCCGCGCUCAGCAGUGUGCUUGGCUCGCACGGUGUAAACAUGAACACAUCCUUGACGACAUUUGAUGGGUUUCCACGCGACGAUAUCGACAUUGCCCAAGUUCGAACAACGCGCGUCCGAAUCAUUCAUCUGCGAAACGAUCACAAAGAUGUCAUGAAAUAUCUCGAGAAGGGUCUUCAUGCCCACUUCGCCCAACUAUCAAAUGCGCAAGCCGCGACCGCCACGACAAAUGGCACGACUCUUCCGUCGGCCGCAUCCACAGCGGUGGCAGCCAACAGCAUUUCGGAUGCCACUGCAUUGGGUACACCGUUCGCACGAGUCAACAGCGUGGAGCCCAGGAGUCCGGCUGAACAGGCAGGCCUGAAGGCUGGAGAUACUAUUCGAGAGUUUGGAAGGGUACAUUGGUUGAAUCACGAGCGCCUCUCAAAGGUUGCAGACACUGUGCAGCAAAACGAAGGGCGGCCGCUUACGGUCAAGGUAAGCAGGAAAAUCGAGGGUGCACCAGGAACGACCGAGCUCGAUUUGGAGCUGACUCCACGGCGCAAUUGGGGUGGUCGGGGACUCUUGGGGUGUCAUCUCGUUCCCCUGUAG